CGAGACUAGGUUUCCUGACGUCACGUCGAGAAGCACUCGGCUGUGAGUAGACGAACGCCGUGCAGGAAAGUCGAGGUGAGCAGUCUAUAGUUAUCUUUAAAGAUGGCUGAGGCUCACUCCGCUGUAGCCUUUUCCUUCUCGGUCACUCAAGAAGGAAUUGAUGUUAAUCUCAACCAUGAAGCUCUCAGGGCAGUGUGGAAGAGUGGUGUACGGUCCUGGAAAAAGCGUAUAGGAAGAGCCAAGAACCAGGUUAAAAAUGGUGUGUACCCUGCGACGCCCAUGAGCUGGCUAUUCAUUGCUUCAAUAGUACUGGGAACACAACUAGCAGGAUAUGACAUCUCCUUUGGACUCGUAGGAUGGCUACAGACCCACAUACCUUGGGUACGGGAGGCAUCGUCUGUUGUGAGUCUAUACACCUGCUGUAUCCUGUUUUCCACUCUAUUGUGGGUGGCCAAGGCCAACUUGAUGAAAUACACCCUCAAGAUGCUGCUACACUACCACGGCUGGAUGUAUGAACCCCGCGGUCCCAUGAGCCUCCGCACCAAGUUAUGGAUGGGUUUGGUCAAGUUAUUUGGUGGGAAGAAACCUUUGUUGAUGAGUUACCAAAGUGCUCUUCCAAAAAUCAAUGUUCCUCAAGUCGGUGACACCAUAGAUACGUAUCUGAAAUCAGUCCGUCCGUUGAUGGAUGAUGAAAAAUACAACCGGAUGCAAGACCUUGCUAAGGAUUUCCUCAAUGGAAUGGGUCCAAAACUAAACCGCUACCUCAAGCUGAAAUCCUGGUGGUCCACUAACUAUAUCUCUGAUUGGUGGGAGGAAUAUGUCUACUUAAGUGGACGGUCACCAAUCAUGGUCAACAGUAACUUCUAUGGUAUUGAUGCAGUUCUUGUCCAUCCCACGAAGAUCCAGGCAGCCAGAGCAGCUAAUGUGGUCCACGCCAUGCUGUUGUACAGACGAGAACUGGAUACGGAACAACUCAACCCUAUCUUACUGAACCAAACAAUUCCACUCUGUUCCAACCAAUAUGAGAGGCAGUUUCAGACAACAAGAAUACCAGGCAUUGAAAAAGACAAGCUGAUGUAUAGUAAGGACAGUCAACAUAUUGCUGUGUACUGUAGAGGACGAUAUUUCAAGAUGUAUGUCUACCAGCGAGGCAGACUGCUCAAACCCUGUGAACUAGAGAUCUCCCUCCAGAUGAUCAUAGAUGACCAGACUGAGCCAGCUCCCGGGGAGGAACACCUUGCUGCCCUGACAGCAGGAGACCGCGUGCCAUGGGCUAAAGCUCGCACAGAAUACUUCUCAAAGGGCAAAAACAAGGCCUCACUUGAUGCCAUAGAGAAGGCUGCCUUUUUCCUGUCGUUAGAUGACGAGCCACAGGACUUCGAUGCUGUGGGAUCACUAGAUACUCAGCACGACUCGACAAAGAUGGACCGCUUCGGACGCUCCAUGCUGCACGGGAAGGGCUACGACAGAUGGUUUGACAAGUCAUUCACUCUGGUUGUACUGUCCAAUGGAAGGAUUGGCUUCAAUGCAGAACAUUCCUGGGCUGAUGCACCCAUCAUGGCCCAUCUAUGGGAGUAUUCCAGUGUUGAGGACAAGUUCAAGUUUGGAUACAAAGCAGAUGGCCACACUAAUGGAGAGCCAGAAAUGACGCCGCCCAACCCUAUCCGUCUAGAGUGGGAACUCCCCAAAACUUGUAUUGCUGUGAUAGAGAACAGCCUAGAAGUGGCCAACCAGCUUCUCAAUGACGUAGACCUCCAUAUCAUCAUGCAUAAUGCUUACGGCAAGGGAUUCAUGAAGACCUGUCGAGUCAGCCCUGAUGCCUACAUACAGCUGGCUCUCCAACUGGCCUACUACAGGUCUGCACAGAAGUUCUGUCUGACCUACGAGUCUAGCAUGACCAGAUUGUACAAAGAGGGACGUACGGAAACUGUCAGAUCAUGUACCAUUGAGUCGUGUGCUUUCGUCCGAUCAAUGGAUGAUCCGAGCAAAACUGAUGCUGAUAGAAUAAAACUGAUGAAAGUUGCGACAGAAACUCACCAGAUGGGUUACAGGGAUGCCAUGACGGGCAAAGGCAUCGACCGUCAUCUCUUCUGUAUGUAUGUGGUGUCUAAGUACCUGGGUACAGACUCACCCUUCUUGUCCGAGGUGCUCAGUGAACCAUGGAGACUAUCAACCAGUCAGACUCCACACCAGCAGACCACCAAGUUGGACUUGGUGAAGCACCCAGAACACAUAUCAGCAGGAGGCGGGUUUGGUCCAGUGGCUGACGAUGGCUACGGAGUGUCCUACAUCGUAGCAGGAGAGGACGUCAUCUUCUUCCACGUAUCAUGUAAAGUGUCCUGCCCCACCACUAACUCCAAGAAAUUUGGAGACAGCAUCAACCAGGCUAUGCAAGAUAUAAAGAACAUGUUCUCUAGCCCUCGGUGAUAAUAGUGUGUGUUUAGUUACUCUAAUUGUCCUGUAUAAUCAGCUCCAACAACAUAUCUAACAAACCGGCCAACGACUGUGUGGAAUUGUCUUCGCUUCAUUAGAAGAAAGAAGUUCAUUCACAAUUGAUCUCUGCCGUUCAUUCUCCGCUGAUAUGGUUCUCCUGUUAACACCAGGCUUACCGUUUCGGGAAAGAUUUCACAAUUUUUUUUUCUUUUAAAAAGUUGAUUCCUGGAGUAAUGGAGCUGGACCAAUCUGUUGUGUUAUUUUUUGUGGAAAUCGUUUCACCAUUAUUACCAGAGUCAUAUUUUAACAAAGAACUUUUUAAAGUUUUCCAUCAAAUUGAUUUAUUGUUGGGUAUGCUAUUGUUUGCAGAAGUUAUGUACAAGAUAACGUAUGAAGCUAUCUGUCAGAAAAGACUGCUUGUAUAUAGGUCAUAUUUUAUAUAUGAGCCGGUAUUAGAACUGGUAAUGGGUUAAACAGCAGACUCUAGUGAUAUUCCACUCAUGUUUUCCAUGUAUGUAAGUUGAUUUGAAUAAUGAGUGCAUUUUUUAUGUAAAUAGUAUUUGUUUGAAAUCAGUGUUUUCUGUUUGGUUUACACAACGACCAAUAUGUGUGGAGUUUUCUCUCAUUUAGGUUGGCCAAAUCACCAAAAUGUUUUUACUUUUUUUUUUUCUCUUGAGAUAAAAUGUUCAAUACAGGACCAAAGCUAGCCUUUACUGAAUCAAAUAUAACAAAGCUUUAGUCUGCUCUGCUCUAUUUUGGACUCCUUUCCUUAACCCUUUUACCACUGUAGACCAUAAUGGACUCAUUCAUAUCAAUGCAUGGUCGAGUCUACUAAAGCUACAUAGGGGUGAAAGGGUUAAAUGUGUACUGCUUUAAAAAUGUAUUUAUUUGUUAUGUCUAAAAUGGAACAUGGAAACAUAAAACAGCUGUGUUGCUGUGAUAAAUUUCAUAACACACUAGAUUAUGUUCAUAUGUUAAUUGUUUAUCAUGUGUGUUUUAAACUGCCUUUAAAAUGUUUCAUCAUAAAUUGUUUUGCAAAAGCAGAACUAUUUGAACAAAUUGUUGCCCGUUUUGGAUGGAUCCUGUGUAGUAAAACAAUACAAACAAUUCAAAGGUAUUUUUUUUUAUUAUAAAACCUGUAUCCCUGUUUGUGAAUACUCAUUUACUGGUAGACUUAUACAUGAUAACACAUCUUUGACAGAAAUGCUCAUUGUAGACAGGUGCCAUUUUAACACAGGUAAAAGGGAGUGUAGUAUUUGACUUAAAGAACUGUCAUUAAGUUUCCUGGUUAAUCUUGAGAUUUGUUUUCCUGAAAUAAAUCUAUAUUUUACUGCUGUUGUCUCCACAUCCUAUUUUCUGGUCAUGAAAUAUAUAUAUAUAUAAGUUUUACACAUUUUUGUUGAUAUUUGAAUACUGUUGAUAUUAUCAGCAUCCUUGCCAAGAGGUUGAGAGGUAGUCAAAAAAAACAAAAAUUGAACCCAGAGCUACACUCAAAAAUAAGUCUUUUAGAAGGUUUGGUUUGUCCACUGUGCUAAUAAGUCAAACAAUUAAUGUAUAAUGAUAUGUUAUAUUUUAGAAUACCAUUAUGUGAUAUUAUUAUAUUGACAUUUGAUCAAGUUUAACUACUUGUUUACAUGACUUGUAAACUGUAUCUUUUAUCAGGAUUGUAAAAUAUAACUGUAGACAUUCCAAAACAUUUUCUUUAUCGAACACGAUCCCGGUGUGUCGAUGUUUGUAAUGUCAAAGAGACAUUUCACAAGUGGAGAUAACCCAACAAUUUGUAGCUUGUGCUAUCUUUGGGAUCCCCUAACACUUCCAAAAUCUAACCAAAUGUUGGAGAGAGAGCGAGAAAAUGUGCAUGACUAUAUAGCUUUGAUAAAUCAUUUCUACAAAGAAAACCAUACAAUGCAAGGACUUCUAAGAGAAAUGAUGAAGAUGAAAUAAACAAAACAUAAUCAACAACAGUGUUCUGAAUGGGAAAACAAGUCAGCAGGAGUAGACGGGGUGCAAUGGGACUGGCAUCCUUCACUAGCUAUUUAUCAGGUUAUCUCCCCGGAGUGUACAUCAAAGAGGAAAAAAGUUGUGCAUUUUCUGGCAUUUCUUAAUAAAUUUUUGUGUAAAUAUUUUAGUUUCAAUAUGUGAUUAACUCAAGGAAUUUACUAUAACUGCUUUUAAACUUGCUAAACUUGUUUUAUUUAAUGUUAACUGAUGCUUAGAUGUGUUUAUAUCAGGUGUUAAGGUUUUACUCGUCAGCCACAUCAAUGCAUUAAGUAACCCCAAAUAUGGAAAAGGAGACAGUGGUGAGGGGGCUUCAGAGCAGUUCUGUUAUGUUUGCACUUCUAGUUAUUUAUCACCUAUUUGUGAACUUGUUUGUUGACCAAUGCAGUAGAAUAAUAAUUAAAAUCAACAUUAUAUUUAGCUAUGUGGCAAUUUAGACCUUAUUUAGUAUCAGAACUAACUUUUAAUGUAUGAACUAAAUUGGCUUAUAAAGGUUGUUUAUGAAAGUUGGGAUUUUUUUUUAUGAAUUAUAUGUUAUCAAAUUAAAUUAAUUUUUUUUUGUUUGUAUUGAUUUAUUCCAGACUAGGUUAACUUUUUUCUGAAAAAAUCUAUAAAUUCACCCCAUUUAUACUACCAAAGCAUCUGUAUACCAAAUUUUUACUUAGAAGGUAGAUUUCAGAAGAAAAAAACACCUUUAUAAUGCUAGUAAUGAUACAACAGAUUUAUGGUGGUAAAGAUUACUGGCAGUUACUGUCUACCUGAGUACAUUUCUGGGUAUUAUUACUAGUGGAGAGAAACCAAUUGUUAUUUUAAUUUUUAUCAAGCGUAAUCAAUGCAAAUUAUUUGUGUGUUAUAUAGUUUUACACUUUGUGUCAAUCUCCUGUCCAUUCUCCACUUCAUUUGUAAUAUGCAUACUGAUGUUAGGCUGAAAAGCUUAACAUAGAGAAUUCGGUGAAUAUUUAUAACAGUGUGGGGUGCUGUGUGUGAUAUUAGGGAAAUAAUAGUUUGUGUUUUAGUGAUAAACUACAAUGACACAAUUAAACUGUACAGUGGUAUUCCGAGUUUGUGUUUUAGUGAUAUACUACAAUGACAUAAUUAAACUGUACAGUGGUAUACCAAGUUUUUGUUUUAGUGAUAUACUACAAUGACAUAAUUAAACUGUACAGUGGUAUACCGAGUUUGUGUUUUAGUGAUAUACUACACUGACAUGAUUAAACUGUACAGUGGUAUACUGAGUUUGUGUUUUAGUGAUAUACUACAAUGACAUGAUUAAACUGUACAGUGGUAUACUGAGUUUGUGUUUUAGUGAUAUACUACAAUGACAUGAUUAAACUGUACAGUGGUAUACUGAGUUUGUGUUUUAGUGAUAUACUACAAUGACAUGAUUAAACUGUACAGUGGUAUACUGAGUUUGUGUUUUAGUGAUAUACUACAAUGACAUGAUUAAACUGUACAGUGGUAUACUGAGUUUGUGUUUUAGUGAUAUACUACAAUGACAUGAUUAAACUGUACAGUGGUAUACUGAGUUUGUGUUUUAGUGAUAUACUACAAUGACAUGAUUAAACUGUACAGUGGUAUACUGAGUUUGUGUUUUAGUGAUAUACUACAAUGACAUGAUUAAACUGUACAGUGGUAUACUGAGUUUGUGUUUUAGUGAUAUACUACAAUGACAUGAUUAAACUGUACAGUGGUAUACUGAGUUUGUGUUUUAGUGAUAUACUACAAUGACAUGAUUAAACUGUACAGUGGUAUACUGAGUUUGUGUUUUAGUGAUAUACUACAAUGACAUGAUUAAACUGUACAGUGGUAUACUGAGUUUGUGUUUUAGUGAUAUACUACAAUGACAUGAUUAAACUGUACAGUGGUAUACUGAGUUUGUGUUUUAGUGAUAUACUACAAUGACAUGAUUAAACUGUACAGUGGUAUACUGAGUUUGUGUUUUAGUGAUAUACUACAAUGACAUGAUUAAACUGUACAGUGGUAUACUGAGUUUGUGUUUUAGUGAUAUACUACAAUGACAUGAUUAAACUGUACAGUGGUAUACUGAGUUUGUGUUUUAGUGAUAUACUACAAUGACAUGAUUAAACUGUACAGUGGUAUACUGAGUUUGUGUUUUAGUGAUAUAUUACAAUGACAUAAUUAAACUGUACAGUGGUAUACUGAGCUUGUGUUAUAGUGAUAUACAAUGUACUACAAUGACAUAAUUAAACUGUACAGUGGUAUACCGAGUUUGUGUUUUAGUGAUAUAUUACAAUGACAUAAUUAAACUGUACAGUGGUAUACUGAGCUUGUGUUAUAGUGAUAUACAAUGUACUACAAUGACAUAAUUAAACUGUACAGUGGUAUACCGAGUUUGUGUUUUAGUGAUAUAUUACAAUGACAUAAUUAAACUGUACAGUGGUAUACUGAGCUUGUGUUAUAGUGAUAUACAAUGUACUACAAUGACAUAAUUAAACUGUACAGUGGUUUACCAAGUUUUUGUUUUAGUGAUAAACUACAUUGACAUAAUUAGUCGGGGUUAGUUGGGUUUAUUAGCUUUUUUUUUUUGCUUUUUUUAAAUUUUAAUUUCUGAACAUACUUAACCCUUUCACCACUGUAGACCAUAAUGGACUCGUCCAUAUCAAUGCAUGGUAGAGUCUACUAAAGUUACAUAGGGGUGAAAGGGUUAAAAUUAUUUUAUGCAAUUUAAUGGCAAAUAUUUCUGUGCAUGUAAUAUUCCUUACAUCUGUGACAAUAAAUACUUUGUUGAUUACCUGUACAAAGGUUGACACUAGUUAGCUGUUAUUGUUAUCUUGUUUUUUCAUAUUUUUCAGUGGCUAUUUAUAUCUAGACAAUUUAAGUGAACCUCCUUACUGGACAGACUUUUGUCUCCAGACCUAAACUCAAGAUCAGAGGGACGGAUACUAUUCACAUUUUACUUUAUGUUUGGUGACUUUUUUCUUCAUUUCAAUGCAGUAAACUGGAGAGAAAAAUAAUACAAUAGGUACAGCUUUAUACUUAAUAAAGACUUUUCUCUGGCAACUAAUUUCCAACUAUUACAGUUCAGGUUAAUGAAGGUCUUUUCAUUGUAUAUUUGAAGUAUCCUUAAUCAUAUCUGCUGUUCUUGUUAAUUUUAUAAUUUGUACUGCUAAAAAUUUGACAAAUUUGACAAAUCUUGUGAUGCUGCAGACAUUGCUGAUGAAGAGGUGGAAUAAAACUAAUCCUUGAGGAGUUUUAUUUAUUAGGUGAUGGACAGUUGUUGUGUAAACGUACAUUUUAUGUUCUAGUAUUUAUUAACAAAGUAUACAUGGACAGGGGAGCUAACCCAUGUGAACAUACUCUUAUAUAGGUAUUAUUUUUACUGUACAUGUCUAUGGGCUGAUAGAAAAGAUAGUAAAUUAUAUAAAUAUCAUAGUAAAUGUUUGCAGUGUCUAUCCUGCCCAUCACUUAGCCAGAAUCACAAGAUACAUGCUGAUUGUCCUAGUUAUGCUCAUGUUUUUCCCCUCCCCAUCUUGUACUUUCUGUUAUUGCUUGAAGAGAUGUAUUUCCAUUGUUUAGAUGACAUAGUAUACGUUCAGGGAGCUUUCAUUACAGAAUACUUCUAAUGUCACAGAUCAUCACCUUAAAAUCAGAAAUAAAUACCCAUUGUUUAUGAAACAA